CACUUGGCAAAUACAGGUGACGAGGUGCGUGGGAAAAAGUAGUCCCGGUUCGGCAGUUGAUGACGUCAUUUCGUGCCAUUGAUUAUAGCCUUGCCGUUGAUUAUAGAUGAAAUUUAAUCAACGGGGCUUUAAUCAACCGAUUUCGCUGUAAAAGUGGGAUAAAUGCAAUAUACAUGCCGUACACAAGAAUUUUUGACUGGGGUGCCCAACCGGGGAUGGUGCGAGAGGGGUCUCUCCUCUCGAUUUUUUGUUUGACUUUGGCACUUUUCGAGAUGGCAGAAAUUCCGUUCAUCAUAGAUGGCGCUGCGCAGAUUGUGAUGUGCGUUUCCAAGACAACCACGUGCGCUGACGUCAUUGCUAAGCUGCCUAAUCUCCAGGUGCCUCUAGCGGUAUUUCUGUCAGCUGAAGGUGUCGAGAGGGAACUUCCGGGAAAGACUAAGCUGCUGAAGGUGUUGCGCGCAAACGCAUCUUCAAAUAAUGUGGAAUUCGUCAUAAAACAGUCGACGAUUAAGACGCAGAAGUCGCCUGGACUUGGACGAAAGCGUUUAUCACGAGAUUCGCUGAAGAAAGUUUCUGAUCUCGCUUUCUAUGUACGCUACCAGAAAAAGAAGGUAGAAGUGAUAAGAUCGAAAGCAGAAGGUACACCACACAAGACACCUAUUAAGCGUCUGACCACUCACGCGUCCACCAACAGCAUGGACGCAUUCCUCGCCAAAGCUGAUCUGGACGAAAUGGCGCGCUUUCUCAGCUUUUGCGGACAAGUGACAACGGAAAGAUUGACCGGUCACUCUGCAAAGAGGACCCAAUCCACUAAUCAGACCGAGACAGCCGAUCACGUGACAGGCGUGAAACUAUCGCCGAAGAGGAAGUUCAACACGCCCAAAAGAACAAUGUCCACUUGCUCUUCUUCCACGGGAACCGCCUGUUCCUCGGACACCGGGUAUCAGUCUGCCCCAAGUGAGACAUCAAGUACAAAAUCAGAAAGUAAAUUAUCAAACAAGCCCCGCCGCACCGUCCUUCUGAAGGAUGAUGACAACGGCCCCAAACACAGCACACCAGUGGUUGCAUCCCGACACCAGAGACGCUCGCAGGAGAAACUCGACUGCACUCUCACAGAUGAGUACCUUGAGCGGAUGGACGAAUGCGAAGGAAAGAGCAUCAUCAUGGAGAGGUUCAUAGCCGACCAGACCUUAGCGGCUGGAAAUGACGAUCAUCGACCGAUACCUACGCAUCGGCUACCUGAUCAACAAAGCCUGUCAGUGUUCCGCGGCAAAAAGGAGAACCACCGCUUCUUGUUGGAGAAAAACUGCGAAUCGUUCACGCAAACUGAGGCUUGUGAUCUCGGUCAGUUUCUUCCAUCUCGCAUGUCAGACUUAACUGCUCAGAGGACACUGAGACGCGAGUCUGCGUUCGCGAAUCUGAGAAAGUGCACCGAGACAAACAGAUUCUCGCUUCCGGCCGCAAGCUUCGCAUGUCCAGCGCGUAUUUCAACGGAUGACGAAUUCAGCUACUCAUUCAACUGCACUUUUCCGGCUAUUGACGAACAUCAAAGCUUGGACUUCAGUUACAGCUUUACAGUCAGCGAAGAAAGUGACGUCACGUGUAACUUCUUCCGAAAUGAGAAUACCGCAUCAGACGAUAGUUUGUGGAACUUUGAGAAGACGAAACCUUCAUUUUGUGGUGAUCAACUCGACCUAUCUUGCUUGGAAAUAAAUGAACAUGAACGAAACAUUGGUUGCUACGAUUCCCUUUUAAGCGAUAUCUGAAGGCUACAAAAUAAUGCACUCAACUAUUUUAUUGCUCACCACUACUACUUUAUUUUUUCUUAUCAAAUGUGCUUAUGAAGUUACAUUAUUGUUUGUUCUUUAAGUCUGUUAACGAUUACUAGCAUAUGUCAUUUUGUAAAUAUUCAUGGUUU